GUCGACUCAAUUGACCCCUGACCGAGUUUAUACCGGGACCAGCAAGUGAAAGACUUAUCCAUUGCCAUCUUUAAAUACCGGCUAACAUCGUUACGAUUCGUUCGAUUCGACUCCUAGAAUUCAACUUCCGCCUCAUCUGUUAAUUGUUCAAAUUCCCCGGCCGCCCCUCAACUCACUCAACAGCCCACCAUCACCCCACCACAUAUCAUCAGUCCCUCCCACUCCAUAAACAAUAGAACAUAUACAAGAAGAAUGACCGACACAGCCAUUCAACCAGACCCGGCCCUAACUCAAUUAAAUGGAGGCACCUCGAACCUAAAAAACAUGGCGCCCCAUCUGCCCUCCCCACAAGCGCAAUGCACUUCCAUACCCUCCACACAACAGCCAACAACAACAACAACAACAUCCUCCUCGCUCUCAGAAAUUAUCGCCCAAUGCCACCACAAAGUGCACAGCUUCCUCGCCGAAUCACAUCCCCCCGACUCCCUCCUUGCCGCCGUCCAACGCCAAACUCGUAUCUCCCUCGACGUCGCCGCAACAGCUCUCUCCCGCUACAGCCUCCCAGAGCUCGCCCUCUCUUAUAACGGCGGAAAAGACUGUCUGGUCCUCCUGGUGAUCUUCCUCGCCAGUCUGCACCCGCAUCCACCGCCCGAAAACGGCGGUCUUAAGUCCAUUCCGGCGAUAUAUGCUCUACCGCCGGAUCCCUUCCCCACGGUCGAGGAGUUCGUCCAGUGGUCGUCGAACGCCUACCAUCUUGAUAUCAUAAAGUACACGACGGAGCCGCCGAAGACGACGAUCAAGUCGAGUUUUGCGCACUACCUAUCCCUCCAUCCCAGUGUGAAGGCGAUUUUCGUCGGCACUCGCCGGACGGAUCCCCAUGGCGCUAAGUUGACUCAUUUCGAUCGGACGGAUAGUGGUUGGCCCGAUUUUGUUCGUGUUCACCCAGUAAUCGAUUGGCACUAUGCGGAGAUCUGGGCUUUCAUCCGUCAACUGGGUUUAGAAUACUGCCCUCUCUACGACCAGGGAUACACGAGUCUCGGUGGCCAGACGGAUACUCACCCGAAUCCCAAGCUUCGCGUCGACAUUGCGGCAGAUAACGAAUUCACUAAAAACUACCGACCAGCAUAUGAGUUGACUGAAGACCUGGAGGAGCGGCUGGGGCGCAAUUAAGUCCCCUUGACCGCCGGCAUGGUGUGUUACCAGGACUGUCAAACUGCUCACGCAGACAUUUCUUGUUUCAUCCGAUGUUUGCAUAGAGAGCGAUCUGAGAAGAUUGGAUGACAUUGCGUAUUGGACCCCACUUUCUAUUACCGCCCUUUUUCACGGCUUUCUCUUUUCCUCUUAUAUCUCUA